UACUUGAUUUUCACCGACUCGGUUUCCAGGAGGAAGCCGGUCAAGCGCUGCAAAAGGGGUACAGCAAGCGAUCCGAUAUUCCGAUCCCACUGCCAUGGAAUCGAGCAAGACCAGGCCCCGGUCCUUCGAGAUCCACAUGGUGACGGCCGCCGACUCCCCGGCGUUCUCCCUCCUCCGCUGGGCUCUCCACCGCACCCCCGUCGUCGGCCUCGACGCGGAGUGGAAGCCCUCACGGAAGAACCACCACCAAUACGGCGAGCGCGACGGCGGUGGCGGUGGAGCCACCUCCGCGCCCGGCCAUAUGCCGUCCUUUCCUAGCGUUUCCCUGCUUCAGAUCGCCUGCCGGGUCCGCCGCGAGCCGUCGGAUCCGGCGGUCGGCGAGUCGCCCGUGUUCUUGGUGGACCUGCUCUCCGUCCCGCUCCCCGCCCUUUACGAGUUGCUCAAGGAAAUGUUCGUGGAUCCGUCGGUGCUGAAGCUCGGGUUCAAGUUCAAGCAGGACCUCGUCUACCUCUCCUCCACCUUCUCCUCCCAAGGCUGCCAUCCCGGCUUCGACAGAGUCCUCACUCUUUCUCUUUCUCUCUGUUUUAGCUAUUUUUUUGAAGUUUUAUAUGAAUUUUGAAUGUGAAUAUUGGUAAAAAUUUGCAACUUAAGGUUGCCCAAUAUGGGAAUCACGAGGCAGUUCAGAAAUUCCUGGCCAAUCUAGAACAAAAAUAUUAACAUUUUGGUGUAGCCAAAAUAGGUACGUUUCACAUUCUUUGGGGCAUAAGUUUGUUGACUAAGUGGAAUAUUGGGACUCCUAUCAAUAGCAUAAGUUUGGUGAGAUCUUGCAUUUCCAUG